CCGUGGAAGGUUUGAGAGCAUUAUGCCCUGUUCCUGUUGUGAGACAAACUUUCAGGAGAGGUUCAGCUUAGCUGGUGCAGUUUUUAAUAUUUGCACAUUGGCAGUGACUGAAAUUAACAGCCCUGGCCUUCCCCUUCGCCUUCUAAAUGGCCUGGCUCCAGAGAAGCGUGGCCAUGGCAGCCUGGACUUACUCAGGCUCUUUCCCAGGCGCUGGAAGAUGCAGCGUGGCUUUCUGCUCUCAGUAGGGGUAACACAGCCACCUUCCAAGAGAGGCUGGAGUGACUGUCUGUCACCAGACCUGUCAUGCUGUGUCCUCAGGGGUCUUUCUAGUAUCUUGGGUGUGUUCCACUCUCUUAGACCCUUAGUUGAGGAAACAGCAGGUUGCAUCACCUGUUGUGGAAUCCUUAAAAAUGAAGCUUAACAUUAGAAGAUGGAUAAUUACCUGAAAUUCUGCCCAUAGCAAAUCUGUGCUUAGUUUUUCCAAACUGAGGGCAGCUGAGCCCCUUCUAACCCGCCCUGAAGUCUGAAUGUGCAGCCUCUGAACAUUGGGCACCUGUCAUCUGUAGCCCCUAGAAGCUGCAGACUCUGCUUUCGAGUGUACUUUUUCAGUUUACCUAUUUUAGCCUUCUACCAGAAUAGCUAUUUCUGUGUUUUCCUGGAGAUACUUAGGGAGACCAGACAUUUGGUGUGAGUGAGCUGAAAGGCAGACAUUGGUAAUGUCCAAUUGAAGCCCAUAGAAAACGUCCCCAAAUAAUGUGUUUUUAGGUGGAGUGGGUGAUGGCUUCCCCUGCCCCCCUUUAUUCCUGAUUACCUAGUCGUUAAUAUGGCAGGAAGCAGUCUUCUGGUAGCCUUGAACGUAUCUUCUAUGUGUGUGUGUGUUUCCGAAUAUUGGAGAACUUGCUUUAAAUUUUCUGUUUAUUGCAGUUGUAAAAAUAACAAAUAGUGCUUGAUUUGUGAAAUAAGUCACCCCAGCUACGCCAGUGGCCAUACAUUGGGCAAUAAAAAAAAAGCACCUCAAAUGCUCCCACCUUGAUUUCUGGAGAUGACUUACAGAUAUGCCCAGUGUUGGGCCGAGAGAGAGAUGAACUGUCCAGUGUUGUAACAGUUUUCUUUAAGGGAGCCGUGAGCACUGGGUUUCUUUUCUUUCUGAGCCAUCUAUUGCCUCAGAGUAUUAAAUGUGAAGUUAAAAUGAGUGCUCUGGAUCACAGUGAGGUGGUGAUUCCAUUCAUUGUUGAGGUCAACGCACAUAUUCAGCCUCUUACUUUGAUUUGACCGUUUGGUUGGUUUUAGGUAAUCGUAGCCACCCCUGAUCUUACUGGAACUUUAAGUGACGUCCCUGUCAUUAAACAUCCACUGCCUAGUUUCCUGAGUGGAACCUAAAUAUGCUCCACUUUUGAAUAACCGGGCUCGUAACAGCUUUUCAUCAGAGUUGUCAGCCUCUGCUGAUGGCGGUUAGACAUUGCCUAAGUGAGCUCGGGGGGCAGGACUUGGUGGCUUGGGGGAGGGGUGGGUGCAUUGGGAUCGGGCCCCAAGGUAAGGGUUAGAUUAGUCCCUGUGGGUCAGGGUGUGCCCCCCACUACUCCCUACCAGGGGAGUUUCUGGUCAGCCGACCUUUGUCUGAGGAGCUCUCCUCACACAGCCAUGCCCCUUUCCAUGUAGCUAGGGAUUGAACUGGCUGGUUUUAUAAAACCACUUAAGGAAAGCUGCUUUGCACACACAUUGUGCAAGAGUGAACAUUUCUUUCGCUAAGUCGUGCAGUUAUUCAUUCCGCUUUGAAAUUUCUGGCAUAAUUCAGUGUGGGUUUUUUUUAAGCUUCUUACAGUGAUAUGGACAUUGAGAUUCAUGUACUAUAUUAGCCUACUAACUUAAACAUGGUUUGUUUUUUCAGACAACUUGGUUUUAAGAAGAACGGUACAAUGUAAGGUUUCAAGUCUGCCUGAUCCAGUUUAAAGCACAAGGGCUAAAAGGAUUUUUUUUUUCCUUAAAAGAAGGAUCGGAAAAGAGCAAAUAUUUUAAGCUAUUGUAUUAUGUAAACAGAGAUCCCACCAAGAAAGUGUCAAUAAGACAAUCAGACCAUCUUGAUUCAAAACAUCUAUCGUAAUCCCCAAAACAGUGCACAGACGGCUGACGGCUCACACUACCAUUGCCCUCUUGAACAUUUACCGUAACCCUCAAAACUCUUCCCAGUCUGCUGACGGUUUGCGCUGUGCCGUGAGCGAUGUGGAGAUGCAGGAACACUAUGAUGAGUUUUUUGAGGAGGUUUUCACGGAAAUGGAGGAAAAGUAUGGUGAAGUGGAGGAGAUGAACGUCUGUGAUAACCUUGGAGACCAUCUAGUUGGAAAUGUGUAUGUCAAGUUUCGCCGUGAAGAAGAUGCCGAAAAGGCUGUGAUUGACUUAAAUAACCGCUGGUUUAACGGACAGCCAAUUCACGCGGAGCUCUCCCCUGUGACUGACUUUAGAGAAGCCUGUUGCCGCCAGUAUGAAAUGGGAGAGUGUACGCGAGGAGGCUUCUGCAACUUCAUGCAUUUGAAGCCCAUUUCUAGAGAACUGCGGCGGGAGUUGUACGGACGCCGUCGUAAGAAGCAUAGAUCUCGGUCCCGGUCUCGUGAACGCCGGUCUAGAUCCAGAGACCGUGGUCGUGGCGGCGGUGGCGGCGGAGGUGGUGGGGGACGGGAGCGUGACAGGCGGCGAUCGAGAGAUCGGGAGAGAUCGGGGCGAUUCUGAGCCAUGCCGUUUUUACCGUAUGUCUGCUAGAAAGUGUUGUCGUCGAUUGACCAAACCAGUUCAUAAUGGGAAUUUUUUUAAAAAAAAAAAAACAAAAAAACACAAAGAUGGGUUUCUGAAUAAAAUUUGUAGUGAUACAGUAUUCUUGGUGUGACUUAUGUCUUGUGUAAAGUUUUUUUUUCUCUUUUCCUCUUCCCUAACAAACCUGCCAACCAUUAGUCCUCCAGGUGAAGGUGAAUAUCCAUCGAUCACUUUGGGUAUAAAUGAAACCAUGUUUUUAAACCCAGGGCAUAAAAUAAAACUUUUGAGGGAAAAUCCAUACAGCAAAAAAGUCACAUCUGUUUCCUGUUACCCACAUAUUAACAAGUAUCCAGAAUUUCUCCUGUAAUGCUGUUCAGUAGACGAGCGUAGAUAACCUGGGUGAAGCCCAUUUACUUCCGGUUGCCGUGACGUUGACUGCAACUCACGGUGACUCCGCUGUACGUCAGAGUGGAACUGUGCUUUGUAGAGUUUGCAGUGGCUGAUUUUUUCGGAAAUAGAUCACCGGUUCUUUCUUCCGAGGUACCUCUGGGUGGACUCAACCUCCAGCCUUCUAGUUAGCAGUUGAGUGUAUUAACCGUUUGCACCCCCCAGGGUUACCUGUUUACUAGCUGGUAAAUAAAUGCUUGGCGGUGACUCCUUUGAAUACGCAGUGUCUCUGUAGACUAUCCUAGCAUUUAUGGGAAGAGAAAAAGAGGAAGACCCUCAACAGGAUUGAUUGACACAUUGGCUGCAACAACAGGCUCGAACACACCGUUGUGGGGAUGGCACAGGGCAGGGCAGCGUUUCCCUCUGUUACGUGUGGGGUCGAUAGGAGUCACAAGUGACUGGACCUUGAUGGCACCUAACAACAGUCUUGAUAAAAAUGCAGCCCAUGGACUCCUCAGUGUAAUCUUUUUCUUAUCUAUCCAUGAGUCUUCUGCUUUCUCUAAGAGGUACCGUGCGCAGUACUCCUGAAGCCUGUGUGAUACCUGACACAUGAAUGCUCGGUGCAACGCGCAAGCCGCACGCACAUUUCAGGCGCUCGUAACUGCUCGCACCAUCGUUGAUCUGUUAAAUAAGUGGCAGACAUGGAAUCCCUCCACUGUGGGUCUGCCUUUCUUUAGAACUCUGCUGUCUGGUGUGACUCCCUUCAGCUUUCCGUAGUGACGACGGCUGAGCUGUGUGCUGGUGGUGAUAAUAUGACAGGUGAUAACUAAAUGCUUGAGAGUCAGCUGUUGACUUGUUCAGUCUUAAAACCACGUCUCACUGCUGGGAACAGUUCUCCAGACAAAGGUUUUCAUCAUACCUAGAAAGGAAGUUGUAUAAAGCAAACCAAAAUGUGGUUCCCAGUCACCACCUAAAAGCAUUACUAGGUGUUAGCGCAUUUCAUCAAAUCUCCAAAAUCCGGUGAGCAUCGUACGGGAAUUCUGCUGCUUUCUUGUGUAGCUGCUUACUGCCACUGCCAUUGGCUGGUUCAGUUAAUAAAAAACCAAACCACACCCAUUGCCAUUGAGCUGAACGCCGACUCAGAGCGACCCUACAGGACAGAAUACCACUGCCCCGUAGGGUUUCCAAGGCUGUGAAUGUGCGGCAGCCGACUGCCGUAUCUUUUUCCCAUGGAGCAGACAGUAGUCGUGAACUGCCCACCUUUUGGUUCGCAGCUAAGGGUUUAAUCACCGGGCCACCGGGCCUCCAGUUCAGUGAGUGCUAAAAAUCCUGUUUUCCGUGUGAGAGGAAGUAACGCUUUGCCGUAACUACACACUUCACUUGGAAGGAUCUGCUGCUCGACCAGUAUCGUUCAUGAAAGUAAAUGUCUGGGAUUCUCGGGAUUAGAUACUGUUUUGUCCGGGUUUGGUCUGUGUAGAAGUUAUUACAUAUAUUUCCGCUGUAAUAGAUGAUUUUGGAUGACUUGGUGGCAAUUCUUAGUUGGUCAUCCAGGUAAUUUUGCUUAAAUCCCUGUACUCUCCAUACCCCAAACAAGUCAGUACAAAUAGUUCUUUUUACCCUAAGGUUGGUCAAAGUUGUGGAGAGUAUGAAGUCACUUCCACGAAAUCUGUAGGAGGAAAAGAUGGGAAAAAUUUUACUUUGUAUGGAUAAUUUGAUGAGAAUCAGCUUUUCCUGAGAAAGUCUCUAAAAUGUAAAUGAAAAUCCCAUCAAAAGUCUAAAGUCCCCAUGGUCUCAGCUCAGCUGGCAUAACACAGUUUGUAAAGAAAAUGUCCUACAUUCU